AUGAUUCCUUGGAAUUUUCCAACCCGACACCAAAUAAUAAAAACCAUAACAAGAAUCAUACAACUCGCUGCAAAGAUUCCAUUGUUCGGUCAAAAUGAUGACCCUCCAGACUUCAUCACCCAAAUCGAAAACACAUUCAGAGAGGAUCGUAUGAAUACUUAUACUUAUCAAUCAAUCAUUGAAACAUCAAAUAAGGAUCAAGAUGAUUUAAUUAUAGAUUUACAGGGAUCGAAGAUCAUGGAGUGGCUUCUCGACAGAAAGAAGCUACCACAACACUGGAAGAGAAAUGCAGUGCACUUGAAAAAGUUGAUUGAUGAAGCAAUACGUACAUCGCCACCAACUAACGUCAAGCUACCAGAGUCACAUCGUCUUGAUGACGAUGAUGAAACUGUUGGUCACUCUGAUCGUUUGAACUACUUCAAGUGUCAGACGGUACUACAAGAUUGUUUGGAUGCACCGAACGGUUCCGCUAAAACUCUGUUUGGUGGUUACUCGAACAACGCCACCCAGAAGUGGAACGAUGUCAUCAAAGCCUAUCAAAAAGACUAUCUUUACAUCGGUGAAUCUUGUCAAACCUUUACACAAUCUAUAAACUAUGAUAUACCAAAUCUUAAAAAGAUUGUUGAGAAAUCAACUAGAUCAUUGGAGGAUUAUACUCGUAAGGAUCAAGAGUAUACAAAGUCAAGAUCAUCUGCACAAUCUGCUUUGAAGAAAGCAUGUCAAGAUCUUGGUAUAAAAGGUGAGAAGAUUAGAGAAGAAAUCGAAGAGUUACCAAAGAAUCUUGAAUCAAUCUUUGAUAGUGUCAUUAAUUUAGUGAAUAACGGUACUUUAUUAAAGAGUAUCAAUUUCUACCGAGAAGUUAUCAAUGCUACGAAUUGUGAGUUGAAUGGUGAAUUGCUAGCUUUGACAAACUUUUUGAUUCAACAUGGAAAUAUUACACUUGGUGAAAGAGAAGCAAUCUUGGAUCCAACCUAUAAAGUACCAAAAAGAGUGAAUACAACAGAGAGUGCACAACAACAGCAACAGCAGCAACAACCUCAAUUGAAUUUCGAUAUAGAUACUAAUGUUGGUGGUGCUGCUGCUGGUGGUAUUAAUUGGGAGAUCGACGAUCAACUCACUGCUAUUCAAGAACCAGCGGAGAUCAAGUGGGACGAAGAUUUCUCUGUGAUCGAUUCCUCCACUUCACAAGAUAUCGUCGAUGACUUCUCGAUGAUGGAUGCCAUUGAGAUCAUCGAUGAAUCAAACUCACCGGUAUUGUUGUCUGCCAGCGAUGCAUCGCAACAACAAAUAACAUUGGAUGGUGGUGACAACUCUGGUAGCGGUAAUACCAAAGUUAUUGACAAUCCAUUCGAAUCUAUACUUGGCGACAGAACUCUUAGAAACCAAUUCCUUGAUGAACUGUACGAGUUGGAGAUCUUCUUGAAACAUAGAUCCGUCGAGAUGGCUGCACCAGAGCAUGUAUUCGGUAUAGAUCAGAUCAACGUAGAAUCUACCAACUUGGAUCAAUGUAAACAGUAUUUGAAACAAGUCACAGAGAUCAUCACUCUUAUGACAAAUCAUAAGAUUAAACAUAUUUUAGAGAUAAAAUCAAGUAAAAAGUAUAUUGAUAGACUUGUAUUACAAUUCAAUCAAAAACAAGGAAAUAUUGCUAAAUAUACACAGAUGAUUGCAGAUUUGGAUUUAAAGAGAAAAGAAGUCAAUCAAACAUUGACUGAAUCACGUAAGAAAUUGGAUCAACUCAUAAAGGAUACAAGAGUUCUAAAGACAAAAUUGGAAGGUAUACUUGUAGAUGUUUUAGAUGGAAAGAAAGCAAAUCUAAUGAUACAAAAUGUAUUCUAA